UGAGUAGCCAAGCAUGGGCAGAGUGUAGCAUGCCAGCCUUUAAACACUGGGCAACUACAACAUAGUGAGGAGCUUUUCCCAUCACAUAGCAGCAUGUUAGUGCUUUAGGGCUUCUCGCUUCCUUUUUUUCUACACACUACCUUGUGAUCUUAUACGGAGCCAUUUGAGAGGUUUAACAUGGAGCUGGAAAAACUUCACCUGAAUCUAAAGACAGUGCUGCUGACAAUGAUGAUGUUCAAAUGGGGAAUUCUAUGCACAGCUGCGUCAGACAAAUGUUUGUCUGCACCCUGCCAGAAUGGAGCCACCUGUGUGGACACCAUGGAUGAUUACGCCUGUAUUUGUACAAAAGAGGGGAUCCGAUACAUGGGCAAAAACUGUGAUGAACUCUAUGACGCCUGCUCCUUUGCUCAAUGUGAAGACUGUACCAGCACCCCUGGUACCACAGAAUACCACUGCAUCUGCCCAGAUGGACUGACGGGUGAUAACUGCACAGAGGAGGUGAAUGAGUGUCAGAGCAACCCUUGCUCCAAACCUCGCUCUCUGUGUGUAGACCAGUUGAAUGGAUACUUCUGCAGAUGUCCUGCUGGGUUUGGAGGGCAGGACUGCAGGACACAUGUAACUGACUGCAUUGAUGAGCCCUGCAGGAACAACGGGACUUGUAUGUUACAACCAGAGGGAUUUGAGUGCCACUGUACACCAGGGUUCGAAGGGAAGACUUGUGAGGAUGAUGUGAACGAGUGUUUGUCAGAGCCCUGUCAGAAUGGUGCUAUCUGUAUAGACGGAAUUGCAGAGUUCCACUGUUUCUGCGUACCUGGGUUUCAGGGCUACAACUGUGAAAUUGACAUCAAUGAGUGUGCUUCACGGCCCUGUGAGAACAACGCUACCUGUAUUAAUGAGAAGGACCACUAUGAGUGUGAGUGCCUGGUGGGCUUUGCAGGAGUCAACUGUGAAAUUGAAAUAGAUGAGUGUGAGUCCAACCCCUGCCACAAUGGAGCCACCUGCCAUGACCUGAUGGGCAUGUACUCCUGUGAAUGUCUGCCAGGGUUCGAUGGCAUCAACUGUGAGGUCGAUGUUGAUGAGUGUAUCAGUGAGCCUUGUCAGAACGGAGCUGACUGUCAUGACAUGGUAAACAGGUAUGAAUGUGACUGCAGUGAUACAGGGUUUGAGGGUGAUCACUGUGAAGUGGACGUCCCUGAGUGUGCCUCUAACCCCUGUCGGCAUGGUGCCACGUGUCUAGAAGGAGUCAAAGGAUACACCUGCCUCUGCUGGCCAGGCUAUGAAGGACUUAAUUGUGAGGUUGACAUCGAUGAGUGUUUCGAGCAACCCUGUGAGAAUGGCGGGGAGUGUUUCCAGCGUUCGAAUCCAUCUCACUGGGAGAUGGAGUGGGAGCUCAGCUUUGCAGAUGCAGCUGGAUACAUUUGCCAGUGUCAGCAAGGGUUUGCAGGAGAAAACUGCUCGGUCAACAUUGAUGAGUGUGAGUCUGAACCCUGCCAGAACAGAGGCUUUUGUGAAGAUAAGAUCAAUGGCUACACUUGUACAUGUUCAGCUGGAUUCCUAGGUGAGCUUUGUGAAGUGAACAUUGAUGAAUGUAAGAGCCAGCCCUGUCAGAAUGGUGGCUGGUGUGAAGAUGGCAGGGCGUCCUACACGUGCCACUGUCCUGAAGCAGAACCAAGUGAACUUCCUUGGGGAGGAGAUCGCUGUGAUGUGAAACUUUACGGCUGUGUGGACCACGACUGCCAAAAUGGAGCCACCUGCCGUCCAUGGCUGGACCGUGGAGAACAUGGCCACACAUGCUUGUGCCCUCAUGGCUUCCUUGAUGAGCACUGCGCCACGAGAACAACCUUCUCCUUUUCCAGUCCUGGAUUCAUUCACAUCCAAGUUGUACCAGAAGAAAGGACCCUAAGGCAGGUUGAGCACCAACUUCACCAAGGUUUCAGGGUACAGCUACGCUUCAGGACCACCCUACCCAAUAUGUUGCUCUUCUACAGAGGGAAUGUGGACAGCCACCUCCUCCUGGAGAUAGUGAAGGGUGGUCUUCAUGCAAAAGCUCUUUCUGAGGAGUCUAAACUAGAUGUAACAUUUCCCGGCUUGGUUAAUGAUGGAGGCUGGAGGGAUGCUCAUGUGAUUGUAGAUAAAGGUCUGGUUUUGAUCCUGAAAGGCCCUGGCUGUGAUAGGGACGGGUGCAGAGUUACACAUGGAGAGACAGAUGAAACACCUUUCCAGCCUUCUGAAGCCUUCACUCAUAUUUAUAUUGGUGGAGCACCAGAGGAGCUUUUGGAGCACUCUGUAAGUGGUGCAGGUUUCAUUGGAUGUAUGGAAGAUCUGAUGAUAGACUCUAAACCUAUCCUACCCCAAACACUUCCAGAGGACCAAGGCUAUGAGCUGGGCUGUAGUAAGACUGAAUGGUGUAAGCCUGACCCCUGCUAUGGACAUGGACGUUGUGUGGACCUGUGGACCAGCUACCACUGUGACUGCUACCGUCCCUUCUGCAGUGAGAACUGCUCUGAAGAAUUUCCUUCAUGGACAUACAGCCAUGAGGAUACUGUGAGUUUCAGUGCUUAUGAUAUAGGUAAGAGCCACGGGAGUGAUUUCAAAGUGUCCUUCUUGCUGAGGUCAAUCAAGCCAGAUGGGCUGUUGUUCCAGCUGAGGAGACCCACAGACAAAGAUGGUGGAGAGAUCUAUUUCUCAGUCUACCUGGGAAUGGGGAGGGUUUUUGUCAGCUCUCUGCCUAACAGUGCCCCACUGACAGCUCCCAUGUUUGUGACCACUGGUGAGAAGCAGCUUUUACAGGUGGAGGUCCGACACAGGCAGGUGACCUUUGAGCAUGCAGGCCUUCGUUACAGAAUAGGAGAGAUCCCGGAAGUGAAUGUUAACAGUGGCGAUCAGGCCUAUGUAGGAGGACUUCCAAAAGACUGGAGCUCUGAUGUGUGGGGGGGACAUUACAAAGGUUGCCUGCAGGACCUUCGUUUAGACUCUGUACAUCUAGACGUGGACGCCUGGAACAGCUCAGACAAGGAGGAAGUGUAUUUACCAAGUGAUGCUGAAAAUGUAACGAAGGGCUGUGUCAGCGAUGAUGCCUGCAAGAGGAAGCCUUGUCUAAAUGGAGGAAAAUGCAUCAUCACAUUCAAUGACUUCACAUGUUCUUGUCUGGAGGAAUACACCGGAAAAACCUGUGAAACACGCGUGUGGUGUGUUAGCAGCCCUUGUGUCAGUGGUGGCCACUGUGUGGACCUCCCUGAUGGAUAUGAAUGUUUGUAUAAUGCCACAUUUGAGAACAACUCUGUGCAGUACAGUGCUGGAGGCUCCCUGGCUGCACCUGUCUCUGACAUAUACAUGGAGCUACGGACUCGAUCAGAGAAUGCUGUGCUUUUAAGGGCCUCCUGGGGCUCUGACCUGCUGAUAGUGGGUCUGCUUGACUCUUUAGUCCGGGUGGAGAUCCACAGUGGCAACAGUGUUGAGAUUCUUACCUUUACAGGAGUUCGUCAAGUGGCUGACGGGAACUGGCAUCGUGUGAGCAUCUCGAUGGCUGAGAAGGCGCAUAAAGCUUCUGUCUGGGUCAUCACUGUGGAUGGAAUCACAGACGCCAGCAGUGUGCCGGAGCGCACUGGAAGCCUGCACUUUCUCAAUGAGAAGGGGGCCAAAUUGGCUGUUGCAGAAAGCUUCACUGGCUGCUUGGGUGCGGUGAGAGUCGGAGGAGUUUAUCUUCCUUUUAUGGAUGUCUACAAGGCCCCACAGCCAUCUCAGUUUCAUUUAGUUGGAAAACCAAAGAUCCAUUUAGGUUGUACCAGUGCCACUGUUUGUGAUUCAAAUCCAUGCCUAAAUGGAGCCACAUGUGAGGAUCUUUUUAAUAAAUUUGGCUGCGUGUGUGACUCUGGUUGGGAGGGAGAGCAGUGUGAGACAGACACAGAUGACUGUGCAUCUCAGCCUUGUGUUCAUGGAAGCUGUAAGGACUACUUAACUGGUUUUGAGUGUCGUUGCCACCCUGGAUAUGCUGGCAUGCUCUGUGAUGAGGAUAUCAACGAGUGUGAGCAUCAUGCUUGUCAACAUGGAGGGACCUGUCAGGACGGGCCCAACACAUACACCUGUAUAUGCCCCAAGGACUACAGUGGCCCUCUCUGCCAGUGGGACUAUCCUCCAGUACAGUGUGGUAAAGACAUCCAGUGUGCAAAUGAUGGCGUCUGCCGUGAUGGGCUGUGGGGAGCUAAUUGUACGUGCAUACCGGGUUUUACAGGCAGCAGUUGUGAGACAGAGAUUAAUGAGUGUGAGUCUAACCCCUGUCGAAAUGGAGGCUCCUGUUUGGAUCAAUUCAAUAUGUUUGUCUGCGAAUGCCUGCCCGGCUACAGCGGUCCAACCUGUGACACUAACAAACAUGCCUAUAAACAGGGCAUCCCCUGGCUGGUGGUAGCCAUCCCACUGCUCUGCUUCUGUGUGUUGAUAAUGAUCAUCAGCUUGAUCUUCAUGGUGCUCACGGCAAGGAAGAAACGCCAGUCGGAGGGGGCAUACAGCCCCAGUGCCCAGGAGCUAGCUGGAGCUCGGCUGGAGAUGGACAGCAUGCUUAAAGUCCCACCAGAGGAAAGGCUCAUCUGACUCAAAGGCUGAGAAAUUAAUGGUGAUCCAGGUUUUACCUGGGCUCAACUGAAGGCCAUAUACUGUAGGCCACAGCCCCCUCCUGGUGGAGCUCAGGUACUGACCCAACGCUGCUGCUUAGAAUGUCCCUUCAUUCAACAGAAAUGUGCUAAUUAUGUACUGUAGGUGGCACGAUUUUGUUAAAAGACUCUGGAUAUCUGAGGAAACAGCCCCAAGUCAUUUGCACCUCAAAAGUUCAUUAAUAGGAUGACGGAACAAGACAGUACAUGGCACUGUACAACUCUGUACAGCUUGUCUAUGGCUGGGCCUUAACUUGUUGUCAUAGUACUAUCUAAUAUACAGUAAGGAAUUUAAGGGCAUUAUAUUAAGAAUCACUGCACAGUCAAAAACACAAACUGUGGAAGACUGACUGUUAGCUUCCUCACAUCAGAACAUGAAAUGUCCUAUUUCCACCAUGUUUUCACCACAAUUUCCCCUCACUAAUGGUUGACUGGAGUUUUUUUUAAUGAUAUCGAGUUGUGUCCUUUUCUGCAGUGCCUUACUGGCACCCAACAGGCUGCUCCCACCUCAGCUCCUCUUAGACUGGUUUCACAUCAAAUUUACAAGGACAUAGUUUUCACGAAGUAGAGUACACAAUUAAGAGUAAUGCAUAAAGCAACACUAUGCUAAAAAACAGCUAACCCGGUUGCCACAUGUAUCAGAAUGUAGAAUCAGAGGGUACAGUUCUGUAACCCUGCAAAUUUGUCACUGUCAUAACACACUGUACUCUGACUUUUACCACUUUAACUGUGGUAAAUAAAGGCAGUAUCUGGUGACCUUCUGUAUGACAGGAGCCACAAGAAAGAGGGCGAGAACUGCUGUGAGCGGAACUAAUCUUUUCAACAUGGGAAUAAAAAAAGGAACAAUUUAUACAAAAACACAAACAUCUAAUGCAUAUUUUAAAAAGUCAUUAAUACAGUAUUUUGAGCUAGUUUUAUUAAUGACAUGAGAGUCUGGUUAUAGGAAGACAGCCUAUGUUAGGUCACAUGCCAGUCUCUGCAUCUCUCCCUCCCUUUGGCAAUUAAGGUGGCGUGGCUGGGAGUUACCAGUGCAGCUACAGCUAAUUUCCCAUCUGGCUCCAGGAUAUUUAGCUUGGGCUCGGCUGCCUUCUCCUUGCCAGUCAGUUUCACUGGUCUCGCAAUUCCUUACUGACUGACCUUCGAUCACCUUACCAAGAAAGUGUUUUUCUUCCCUAGCCUGUAUACCUCUGUGUUCCAGCCCUGUACCUGUCCUGCCUGCUCUGCUGCCUAGCUCUGCCUCCAGUUUUCCUGGCCAGCUCAGCUCCGUACAACCCGGCCAUGGCAGGU